GGCCAAUGGCGGCGGUCGGGGUGAGUUAGCGGCGGGGCGGCGAGAGUCGGAGCCAUGUCCCGGGACAUGUUCGCGCUGUCGGACCGGCAGUCCCUCGAUGACAGCCCGAUCGAGGAAGAUGAAGAAGCUCUCCAAGAGGAAGACCACGAUAUCGACCAGUUCAAUGACGACACGUUCGGGCCUGGUGCGGUCGAAGACUGGGAGGAGCAGCAUGAUGGCCUGGCUGAACCGACAGGGGACCCAGAUGACCUGUUGAAGGAGAGCAACUUGGCGGAGAGCAUCAGCAAGCUGGUCAUUGACAGUGACCUGGAGGACCCAGCCAUCAUGAGGGCAGUGCCAUCUAACCCUCCGCUGCAGGCACCCCCUCGACCGAACCCCAGCAUGUGGGAAGGGCCCAUGGUGUUCGGUGGAAUCGGAAAUCCUUUCCUCUCCCACUUGGAGGACGGUCGCGCUCUGUCUGGCUCCAAGGACUCCAUUCUGCCCAAGAGACCAGCCUUCGGGCGUGGCGAAGAGCGGGACCUGUCAGACCGCGCCCCUCCGCCCAGGUCCUCGUCUCCCGUGAUCGGGAGCCCCCCCGUGCGGACCGCCCCCAUCGGAACGCCCCCCAAGCACAUGAGCCACCCCACCUCCACCCAGCAGCCAUCCAUCCUGUGUCCGACCCCUGUGCACGUGCGAGCUCCGAUCCACCAGCGAUUCUCGGCGCCCUUCAACGAGAGGAUGUCACCGACCCAACUGCUGAACGUUGCGAAUUCCUCACUACGUGCUCACCAUUUCCAAAGCGGCGUCACCCAAGUGCUGAACCCACUUCUGCUUGGAACGGCCCAGCAAACAGGGAGGAUGUCACCCAGCCACUUUGCCCGGGUCCCGGGGUUAAUGGGCAGCCCGCUGACCGCAAUGAACACCAAUCUGCUGCAAAGCAGGAUAGGACAGAUGAUGCCGCCCAUCACUGGUUUCCAGCCCUAUUUCAGCCCAGCAGCAACAGGACAGCUCCAGAACAUCAGGUCUUCCCAGUCCAUGUUCCGGGCGGACACCACCCACCUCCACCCCCAGCACCGACGUCUGCUCAACCAACGCCUGCAGCUGCAGAACUCCAGGAAUCAACACAGAGGUCAGAAUGGUUCUGGAGGAGACAGGCACAGCAGGGGCAGCUAUCACGAGCAGGCGAAGAAGGACCCCUACAGCAACCUGAUGACCCAGCGUGAGAAGGAAUGGGUCAGCAAGAUCCAAAUGAUGCAGCUGCAGAGCGCUGACCCCUACCUGGACGAUUACUACUAUCAGAACUACUUUGAGAGGCUGGAGAAGAAGCAGGCAGCCCUGGACCUGAACAACGAGGGGCCCCGCAAGGAGAAGAAGGAGCGCAUGAAGCUGAUCACGCCACAGGUCGCCAAAUUGGAGCACAUCUACCGGCCAGUGCAGUUUGAGGGCUCCCUGGGGAAACUCACCGUGUCCAGUGUGAACAACCCUCGCAAGAUGAUCGACGCCGUGGUGACGCCGCGCUCGGACGACGACGAGACAAAAGAGAAGCAAGUCAGAGAUAAGAGGCGGCAGACCCUCUUCACCAUCGAACGGACGUACAGCUUGGUGCUGGAGGUGCAGGACUUGGAGAAGAAGUUCCUCCAGGUGAGUGAGGAGGAGCGACCUGCCGUGCUGGAGCACCGUAAGGCCAAGAUCGCGCUGAUGUACGAGAACCUGCGAGGGAAGCAGCUUCCCAGCUCUGACAGAGUCAGCGACGACCAUUUUGUGCAGGUCAUGUGCAUCCGUAAGGGCAAGCGGCUGGCUGCCAAGGUCCUCCUGUUCCUGAGCACGGAGCAGGCUGCUAACGUGGUGUUGGCCACUGCCCGCAACCUCCCGUACCUGGUCAAGAAGGACAGCCAGGAUGAGGUGCUGCCCUGUCUGACUGAGGCCUGCUCCGUCCUGGUCAGCCGGCUCCCGUCCAGCGCCCUGACCGAGCUGCUCCAGCAGCUGACCGGCUCCACUCCGUCCGGACAACCCGGGAACCACUUCCCCACCAUCCUGCAGAACAAGUUCGGCCUGACCUUGUUCUACAUGAUCCUGAGCCAAGGAGAGAGGCUGCAGAGCUCAGAGGCAUCGAGCGAACUCAUGCAGGACAACCGGUGGACAGAACUGGUGUUUGCCGUGAUCCGGGUGCUGCUGAAGGUGCCGCAGGUCUCUCUGGCCAAGCCGUCGUUUGUGCCCACGAACCUCCUGACGCUGUUCUCCCACUACGUCGACCGGCCGACGCUGAGCCUGCUGGAGUCGAAGUUACAGUUGUCCGGAAAACCGCGGUAGAAAAGGGAGGGGGAGGACGCCGUGGAGUCGACGCCAAUCAACCAGCCGGCGGCCAAUUGCCAUCCCUGGGUGGGCAGAGGGGCAGAGGUCACCGGUGACUGCC